AUGGAGAAUGCUCCUCAAGCGCGGCCGGCGCAGGCUGGCUCUCAGCAGCAAGCCUCCCUGAUCAGACCUGAGCAAGUUUCUCGACUUCCACAGCUCACUCCUCAACAGAAGCAGCAGUAUGAACAGGCUGUGCGAAGGUUCUGGGAGGUUAUGAAUUCGACACCUCAAGGAGAAGCGCGCCAUAACGAGGCAUACCAAAAACUGGUCCAGACUUCACAGACUCUCAUGCAGGGCAUGAAGAACUUCCAAGCCGCUCAGAAACGCAGACAAAUGCAGCAGCAACAGGCGGCUCAAGCGGGCGCCAGUGGAGGUCAGGCAGCAGGGCCACCAGCGCAGGCACAAGCACCGUCCCAGGUACAGGCGCAGGCGCAGGCUCAGGUCCAAGCCCAGCCACAACAGCCUGCUCAGCAUACCAAUGCGCUGCAGUUCAGUCAGCUGCACGCUGAUAUUCAGGACAAAGUCAACCAAUUGACCUUCUACUACCCUCCAGCCAUGAUCGAGGGCACGAAGCAGGCCGAGGACUGGCUCAGGGAAGCCAAAGCCCGAUAUGGUCAGGCACUCCAGCGCAUGCAAGUUGCAACAGCAAAGAUGGAUGAACUCAAACGUCAAGUAGCACAGCGUCAACAGCAAGGCAAUCCGCUGAGCCAACAAGAGCAAGAGGGGUUCCGUAAUAAGCUGUCACAGUGUCAAAAAGCCAUUACUGAAUCACAGAGCUUCAUGGAAAAGUUCAGGCAGCAACAGCAAGACUUUCGCCAACAACAGCCACAACAUCAAUUUCAAAAGCCGCAACAGCAACAACAAGCAGCCCCAGGAGCAGAGACACAGACGCCUGCUUCAGCCGGGGGCAUGCAGCCAAACGCGCAAGGACCUCCCGCACAUUCGAUCAGCAGUGCAGUCUCUGCUGCUCGAAAUCAACAGGCUCAAUCAGGCUCUGCCCAGGCAGGUAGCCCUACCAACCCGAACGCACCUUCACAACCCAACCCUGCCGCAAGUGCGACCCCCAUCAAACCCGAGAGUCAAGAGCAAUCUGUCUUUGCAGCACAGGCACAGGCUGGCGCACUCAAUCAAUCAAUGCCGGCUCCUCAAUCAGCUGGAGCUCGACCUUCCAGCCAACACCAACCGCAAUCCGCCCUCCAACAGCACGCCUCGCAGCAAAAUGUCCAUGCGCAUCCACUGACCGCCAACCUCAACGCGUCCAAGGCUCCGCCCGCCGCAAUCACCAAGAAUCUCCAAGUGUCCGAUCCGCGCCCAGUGCAAAUGCCUCCCUCACGCCCGACUCUGACUGGUGGCGCAGGCGUUGGUCUGCCUGGCCAGCUUGCGCAGCCUGCGAUUGCCACCCUUCCUGGUUAUGUGCUUGAAUCAUCUGAAGAUGGGCGACUGUUGUCCAAGAAGAAGCUCAACGAACUUGUCCGCGAAGUUUGUGGUCCCAUUGGCGACGGUGAUGAUGGGGAUGGUUUAACUCCUGAUGCUGAAGAGAUAUUUCUUCAAGUAGCGGAUGACUUCGUCGAUGACCUCGUAGCCGCAGCAUGCAAACUUUCGAAACUACGUGGAAGCGCCACCCUCGAGCCACGCGAUCUGCAGAUGGUGCUGGAGCGGCAGUACAACAUCCGCAUCCCGGGUUUCUCAACCGACGAAGUACGCACCGCGAGACGUCCUCAGCCGGCAGCGGGCUGGGCGCACAAGAUGGCCGCGGUGCAAGCGGCGAAAUUGACGGGUGGUGCCGGCGGAUUGAAUAAUGCCUAG